GGGGACGCUGACGGCAGAGAGGAGGGCGAAGAUGUGAAUGCAGCGCAGGGGGAAGUUAAAGUUUUAAUCUGCAGGUUCAGGCUGGCAGACACACACACACAAACAGAUUUCAUUUUUUGACACUUUGAAGAAAUCCGUCCAUCCUCGUCAUCCACCCUGCCAGAAAUCAUGAAUACCAGCAAUUCCACCUCCUGUGAGCCAGUUCACCAACCAGCCAACAUUUUCUUUAUCUCUAUCUACAGUGUCAUUUUUCUGGUGGGUUUGGUCCUAAACGGUUUCACAUUAAGGGUUUACUUCUGUGUAGCCCAGCGUCAGGCAUCCAGCAGCGUCACCAUCUACCUGAAGAACCUGGCAGCCUCCGACUUUCUCAUCAGCCUCUGCCUCCCGCUGCGGAUCAUUAACUUUUCCACCAAGUCCACCCUCAUCCGACAGGUCUACUGCAACUUUGGAGCCUCCGCCUUUUAUCUCAACAUGUACGCCAGCAUCCUUUUCAUGGGCUACAUUGCAGCCAACAGGUACAUGAAGAUCGUCCAUCCUCUAGGAAAUCACUUCUUCCAGACAGCUCGAGCUGCUUACAUCACCUCCAUAUUUACCUGGGGGUUCCUCUUGGCAAUGACAAGCACCUAUGUAAUCCUUUCCCUCCUCACCCAGAAUGAUCAGGGUGAUCUGCCUGGAAUGGUGAGCUGUGACGUCCUGCACAGUAAGCAGCUAAGCCUGCUCUACAAAAUUAUCCACACCUGCUCCGCUGCCAUCUUCUUGCUCGUCCUCAUCGCCCUCAUCUUGUUCUACUACAACACCUCCCGCAAGCUGUCACUGGCGCAGAAGAAUCAGCCAACUUCCAACAACUCCAAGAAGCUCGCCAAAUCUCAGCGAAACAUGCUGGUACUGGUCACAGUCUUCUGCAUCUGCUUCGUCCCCUACCACCUGGUUCGCCUGCCCUACGCCUUCAAGAAAAAUUUGUUUUGCUCAUGGAAUUGGUGGUUCUUCUACCUGAAGGAGCUGAGCGUCCUGGUGUCGGUCCUCAAUGUCUGCUUGGAUCCUCUCAUCUACUUCAUCUUCUGCAAGGCGUUCCGGGCUCAGAUGAGCAUGAGGAGGGUGUUCAACGCCACUGAGAGUCCAACGCAGGUGGAGAACUUAGACAGGAGGAGCAGCGACGGAAGGCUGAACUCCCUCAGAAACCUCAGGAAGUCGUCGAUCAUCUCAUUGACCAAGCAAACCAGAGUGCUUUAGAAUUCAGAGAUUCCUGAACUGAUCUUUUACAAAAAUCCAGAACUGAAUCUAGACUGGAAGCUAAAGAAAAUUCUGUCUUCAUUCAUAGUAGACCUUGCAGAACUCAUUAGAAAUAAAAACAACCAAAUCUUCAACAGAACCAGAAACUUACCGUCAGUGGGGGAAAGUAAUUUUUCUUUACAGGUAUUAGUUCAUCAAGUUUUUGCUGGGGGAUUCCAGAACUUUAAUAUCCUCUUAUGUGCAAUAAGAACUCAGGGAAGUUCCCAAACGCAUCCCAAUUAAUUUAGUCUUUGUCAAUCUCACCUACAGUCCAUAACCACCAGGGUCAACAGUUUAAAAGUCAGGAUCCAGUCCCAAUUUCUUGUUGUUUUCCUUCCAAGCCUCCAGACCACAAGUAGUGAUGCCCUAUGAUUUUCCAGAUUUUCUGAAGAUCUUCCAGAAUUUUCCAAUCGCUUUGGCUUUUUGUUUAUGAGGCUAAUUUCAGCAUGUUUUGUGAAACCCAUUCAACCACAAAAACUUUCUGCAGCAGAUGAACCAUGAAAUUCAGUCAUUAGAGAAACAUCAAGUUUUUAGCUGAUAGUGGUGAUAACACCAAGGAACAUUUUCAAAAUAAAUCAUCAUAUGAAAAGAUGAAAUAGGCUCAGUGAACAGCACUGAUAAAAAGGUUUUUAAUGUGGAGACAGAGACCAUGUUCCUCAGUUCCUCUGCAGAGUUCAGCUCACGGUGAAACUGUGCAGGUUAGUCUUUAAAUGAACGAUUUGAACAAACUGAUCUCUCCAGUGUUUGCUGUCACACUCACCAUCACCGUAAUGUCCUGCAGGGAAAACAUCUUCAUCAUUUCUCCAUCUGAAUGUGAGGAUUUAUGGAUCAGAUCCAAUGAUCCGAAGCAGAUUAUCACAUUAAGCUUUUUAAACUAUGGUGAAGCUCACAAGACAUUUAUUGUAAAUAAAUAGUCGAAAUCUAUCAGCAGCAGCCUUUUCCCUCCCUAUUGUACAGACAGGUGUGUUGUUGCUGCGCUGAUAGGUCUGUCUGGUUACCGGUUAAUGUCUGUAGAUAUUCAUAUCUGUGUGCAAUAUGUAAUGUUAUAUUUACCUUCUGGAUGUACAGUGUGUCGGUUUAUCAGUAAUACUUUGAGGGGACAUUACUCAAUUGUUUCAGUUGAAAGGAAGUGAUUUCCACCUACUUCCUGUUCUUCACACAGUCUUCAAAAUCCUCACCAGAUAAACAUAAAGGGAUGUUGUUGCCCAGUUACCCGAUAAUUAUGGUUUGUGAAUAUCUGCUUUUGUGUUUUCAUCAAUUUGAUUGUUAAUAAAAUCUUAAACCAAGA